GGUUCUCGUAUCCGCAUCGUGUGUAUGUUCGAACGUUCCAGGGGUUUCCUUGGCCGGCGUGCUUUUUCAGCUCAUCCGACGUGAACCACAGACAUCGCGCUCCGCUGGCGACUGUUGUUGGCAGCACUCGAAGAUUACGGCACCACGAAUAACGAAUUGUUCACACAAAAAAGCAGCACCGUUUGCAGCAACUGAUAAGAAGCUACCGCCACCGCGAGCGAGACAAAACAGGGGUCCAAACCCACACGAACAUUCCGGCCGCCGCUACAACAACACACGCUGGUGACGAAAUCUAGCAACUGCCGUCGUGGUGACCGGUAAGCAUCCAGAGCGCGGUUGCUUGGAUGAGUAAGUGACGACGACGUAGGUAGCACACAUUGUUGUCGUGUGUCCCGGGCGGCAGGGCAAGAGAUUUGGCGGAUGCGGACAACCGCCUUUGCGGGAAGCAAAAGGAGUGCAACAGCUUCGCUAUUAUAUUGUAAAAACGAUCGAGAGAUCAACCAAGCGAACAAAUCUCGAGAAGCCGAGCGUGUGCCACCAGAGUACCACCACUGUCUCCUUGUGUUUGCUGAUAAGACCGGCACACACCACACAUCGGCGGCGGAAUAAUCGGGUGGGUAAAUAUAGGCUUUUUUCCUCCCCCCCCCCGGCGGGGCCACUACCACCGUCAACUACUACGCGGGGAGGAGGUGCGUGCGUGCGUGCGGAGACACAGGGGUGCAAUCGACCGGUGAGCAUUGUAAGAGUGGCGAUCCCCGCCGGCAGUAUCUCGCAGAGAGGGCCCGCGCAAUAAUAUAGUCCGAACUCGUACUGGUCCGCGAUGCCAUUACAAUACCAGACCGGGCAAGGAUAGCAACGACGCAGACGGGAGACCAGAGCCCAGAGAGCUUCAUACCGGAUCGGCAGAUUCCAGCAAGGGAACAAACGAGCGUCGUGAAAUCCUUGGUGUUUCACACAAUCCGUGUUUCGGACACACCGUGGGGCCACGAAGAGGAGGUUCAGUGUGUGUGUGCUCUGUGCCAUUGUUUGCCGUGAGAGUGCGUGUGGAGGUUUUGUGAGAUUAGCCCCAUACGGUCAAUCACCGAUACCCGCGAGUGCAGCAUCGUCCAAGAGUUUGCCUAAGAUCUUGGAGGAUCGUCUCUUUGAGCGGUGGUGAAAUCUUUUCACCGUUAGUGUGUGUGCGUGUGUGUGUGUGUCUGUCGGUGGUUCGUCGUUUGUCGUGCCAAUGUUGCUAACGCAGCUAGAGAUUGCAGUCGGUAAUCCAACGUUAAAGCGGAAGUACAGUGGCGACUACGGUGCUCUCAAGAAAAAGAUGGAAGCCAUCAACUGGAACAAAAUCAUGUACAUCCCCCAGGAGGAAAAGCUGAUAUACUUCGACCAGAAGACGUACCGACUGCCGGAAGCGAUCGUGACGAUGUACGCCGACCGUGUGCAGCAUCUCGAUCUGAGCCACAACAAGCUGUCGUCCUUCGAUGCGCUGGAACGCUUCCCGUAUCUCGUCGAGCUCGUGCUGGACAAUAACUACCUCACGGACGAGAUUAUCUUUCCCGCACAGCUCAAUAACGUGAAGCUGCUUUCACUGAACAAUAAUAAGUUCAAGAAUUUGGAUCUCCUGCUCACCAAACUGUCGCUCUGCUUUCCCGAGCUGGAGUAUCUGAGCUUGCUGGGCAAUCCUGCCUGCCCGUGCCAUCUGCUCAACCUGAAGUACACGGAAUACGAUUAUCAGAAAUAUAGACUGUACAUCAUCCGACACCUUCCGAAGCUUCGCAUCCUUGACGGCCAGCGGGUGAAAAAGAUGGAGCGCGACUUUGUGCGCUGCCAGCUGGAGAACUACGGCGAGACGCUCGACAACGAUCCGAACGCGGUGUCCGGUUCGGCCAAGCAGCAGCAGCAGCAGCAAACGAACGGCACCCGCAAGAGCAACACGCUGAAGCAUCUCUACACGACCGUCAGCAGUGGGUUGGGAUUGGGCCGGAAAAACCCGCCGGUGUACAGUCCGCUGCCCGAGACGUUGCGCGAGGUGGGCGAUCAUCGGGGCGCGUACGGCCGGUGCCGCUACCGGUACGUUGGGGCACAGUCCGAGGGCAACCGGUUUAUACUCAACAAUGACUUAUGAGUAGCGUC